GGGCCCCCCCGGCACGGGGGGCCGGGUGCGGGUGUCCCCCAUGUCGGCGCCGCUGAAGAAAGGCCCCGGCGGGCUGAUCGGGCUGAUGAAGGACGCGUUCCAGCCGCACCACCACCACCUCGGGCCGCACCAGCCCGGCGCCGUGGACAAGAAGAUGGUGGAGAAGUGCUGGAAGCUCAUGGAUAAGGUGGUGCGUUUGUGUCAGAACCCCAAGCUGGCCCUGAAGAACAGCCCACCCUACAUCCUGGACCUGCUGCCUGACACCUACCAGCACCUGAGGACCAUCCUGUCCCGCUACGAGGGCAAGAUGGAGACCCUGGGGGAGAACGAGUAUUUCCGGGUGUUCAUGGAGAACCUGAUGAAGAAAACCAAGCAGACCAUCAGCCUCUUCAAGGAAGGGAAGGAAAGGAUGUAUGAGGAGAACUCCCAGCCUAGGCGGAACCUGACAAAGCUGUCCCUGAUCUUCAGCCACAUGCUGGCAGAGCUCAAAGGGAUCUUCCCAAGUGGCCUCUUCCAGGGAGACACGUUCCGGAUCACCAAGGCAGAUGCUGCAGAAUUCUGGAGGAAGGCUUUUGGGGAAAAGACCAUCGUUCCUUGGAAAAGCUUCCGCCAGGCCUUGCACGAGGUGCAUCCCAUCAGCUCAGGGCUGGAAGCCAUGGCCCUCAAGUCAACCAUUGACCUGACCUGCAAUGACUACAUUUCAGUGUUUGAAUUUGACAUCUUCACGCGACUUUUUCAGCCGUGGUCGUCCUUGCUCAGGAACUGGAACAGCCUGGCAGUGACUCACCCUGGUUAUAUGGCAUUCCUGACCUAUGACGAGGUGAAGGCCAGGCUGCAGAAAUUCAUUCACAAACCUGGCAGUUACAUUUUCCGGCUGAGCUGCACCCGCCUGGGGCAGUGGGCCAUCGGCUACGUCACUGCAGAUGGGAACAUCCUGCAGACCAUCCCCCACAACAAACCCCUUUUUCAAGCACUGAUCGAUGGCUUCAGGGAAGGCUUUUAUUUAUUUCCCGAUGGCCGGAAUCAGAAUCCUGACUUGACUGGCUUGUGUGAGCCCACACCUCAGGACCACAUUAAAGUUACACAGGAACAAUAUGAGCUGUACUGUGAGAUGGGCUCCACCUUCCAGCUGUGUAAAAUCUGUGCUGAGAACGACAAGGACGUGAAGAUUGAACCUUGUGGCCACCUGAUGUGCACGUCCUGCCUCACGGCGUGGCAGGAAUCAGAGGGCCAGGGUUGUCCUUUCUGCCGCUGUGAGAUCAAGGGCACGGAGCCCAUCGUGGUGGAUCCCUUCGACCCCAGGGGAGGAGGAGGAUUAUCCCGGCAAGGGGCAGAAGGAACUCCCUCCCCCAGUUACGACGAUGAUGAGGAUGACAAGGCUGAUGAUUCCCUCUUCAUGAUGAAGGAGUUGGCUGGUACCAAAGUGGAGCGUCCUCCCUCUCCCUUCUCCGUGGCUCCACAGGCUGCCCUUCCUCCCGUGCCACCACGACUGGAUCUCCUGCAGCAGCGAGUGUCCAACCCCCCCGGGGCUUCCAGCCCUGGCACCACUUCCAAGGCCGCCCCUGGUGCUCUCCACAAGGACAAACCUCUGCCGAUCCCCCCCACGCUCCGAGACCUCCCCCCGCCGCCGCCUCCGGACCGGCCGCAUUCCAUGGGGAACGAGGGGCGCCCUCAGAGGAGACCCCUGCCCUGCACCCCGGGGGACAAACCCCCCCCGGUGCCCUCCAACCGUCAGGGGGACCUGUGGCCGUCCAGACCCAUCCCCAAAGCCCCCCCUGUGGCCGUGAGCCCUGGGGACCCCUGGGCUGGCAGAGAACUGUCCAACAGGCACUCGCUUCCCUUCUCCCUGCCCUCCCAGAUGGACUCCAGGGCUGACAGCCACCGGCUCGGGAGCACCCUCAGCCUGGACAACCCAGGGAGCUCCAACAGUGGUCCAGCAGCAACCUCAGAGUGUGAACACCCCAAAAUUAAACCCUCCUCGUCUGCCAAUGCCAUCUACUCCUUAGCUGUCAGACCACUGCCUGUACCAAAACUGCCUCCUGGGGAGCAGUCUGAGAGCGAUGAGGACACUGAAUACAUGUCACCAUCCUCUCUCCCUGUGGUGCCUCCAGGUCCUGCUGUACAAAAACCAGAGAUCAAAAUGCCUUUGGAAGUGACUCAGAGUUUACGAGUUUUGGACUGUGAGCAGCAGCCAGAGGGUUCCAUGUAUGAAGCAAUGUACAACAUUCACUCCCAAGCAGCAUCCUCUGCUUUCGAGCCUGUCAACACUUCUGAUGAAGGGGAUCUGGCAGCAGCCACUGCCAGCAACGGCCCUGAAGAGUCAGAAAAUGAAGAGGAUGGUUAUGACAUCCCCAAGCCACCACUCCCAGUUGCCAUUGCUCGUCGCACACUGUCCGAUAUCUCCAAUGCCACUCCUGCCUUCAGCCGAAUGUCCUUGGAAAACGACCCUGGGACAGGUUUUUCAGACGGCUCCCAAGUUCCGGAGAGGCCGCCAAAGCCGCUGCCCCGGCGGAUAAAUUCCGAGCGGAAAGCCGGGAGCUGCCAAGCAGGAGGAGCCAGCAGUGGGGCCAGCUCAUCCCUGCAGCUCUCCAGCGAGAUCGAGAACCUCAUGAGCCAAGGCUACUCAUAUCAGGACAUUCAGAAAGCCCUGGUCAUUGCACAUAACAAUAUUGAGAUGGCCAAGAAUAUUCUCCGGGAGUUCGUCUCCAUUUCCUCCCCUGCUCACGUGGCCACAUAGCACAGGACACCUCCACACCUACAACUUCUGUGGACCAACUGCCUGGGCAGCUGUGGCCCAGCUGUGCACCAAAGGGGAAGGGGGUUCCUUUAGAGACUUCGUGCUGAGGUCAGUCCUGCCUCUCAAAGAGAAUCAGUUGUCAGGUUUUUGUGGUUCCAGAUUUCAAAGCAGAGGAAUGAAAUGGAGCAGAGUGGUGUUUUAUACAGUGUAAUGUCUUGGAGUCCUUUACCCCUACCUCUUGUCUGGGAGAACAGAUUUAUUUCCAGGGUGUUGGUGGAGAAAAGUGUCGUGACAAGGGACCCCCGAGCCCAUGCCCUGGAGGCUGUUGGGGGAGUGUUUUGUGCUGUGAAUUUUAAGUGAAUGCUCAGAGAAACAAAGAGUCUCGAGGUCGGUGUGGUGUGUCCUGUGGUUCAUGGUACUAGGUUUGGAUCUGUUCGCUGCUGUGUGUCUGGCUCAGGCUUUUUAGAGCAGCUGGGAGGUCACUUUCUGCUGGGAAUAAAUAGGAGACCUUGGAAGAAUCGUUUGAUUGCUUCCUCUUUGCCACGGCGUGUCCCUCUUGCCUGUACUAACAGCAGUUACUGCUUUUGAUUCCAGCCCUCCCUUGCUGUGUGGAGAUAGCAGGAGCAGCUCCUGUCAGGGGUUUUGAUCCUGGCAGUGCUGGGAGUUGGAUUUCCCUCCUGUGUGUGCCCUCUUGCAGCACUGGCAGCACCAGAUUCCAGGCAGCUGGAAGUGCCAGGAGUUUGGCGUGUUUUGGAGGGAUGGGAAGACUUUGAGGGAGAGCAAAGAACUGGCUGCUGCUUCUCCUCCUUUUUUUUUAGCCUUGAGCAUUUUGUGCUUCAGUGCUCAAACUUGACUGUGGCCCUGCUGGGCUCGAGCAGCUGUCACCAGACACUCUUUCCUAGGAAUGUUGCACCUGGUGAAUAUGAUGUUUUAUUUAUCUUAAUUGCAUGGUGGCUGUUGCAGACUUAGUGGCCUUCACUCACAUUCCAUCACCUCCUUCAGAGAGCUUUUGCAGGAGCCAUCUUCGUGCCAGGGUGUGUUGUGGAAUUGGUAGAUGCAGCUGAUGUGUUUGUUGGGUAUCUCACCUGCUUUGCAGUAAAAGAAAUUGCAGCAGUUCCUCCUGCAUGGCUGUCCAAAAAACGACACGGGGGGGCUCUUCUUUCCAUUCCCAUUGCUCUCAAGGUAUUGCCAGAUCUCGUGUUCAAACAGACCUGGGCAAAUUCUGUGUUUGUAAAAUGAUCACGUGGCUUUAAAGGUCAGAACUCAGCUGUUACAUUGGAAAAACCUGACCUGCAGACUCAGCUACUUAACUCUGUUCAUGCAGGAGGAGUGGAUGGUUCCUCUGGAGAGGCUUUAAGUCAAGGAGGCUCACACAGAUCCCAGCUGACAGACUGUGCACACAGAGAGGCCCUUGGCCUUUGGAGCGUGUCCAGCAUUAUUUGCAUCUCUCCCAGGUCAGCAGUGGUCAGUAGGCAAAGGGCUGCAACUUGGAAUAUUGCUGGAGUGAUUCUGGCACUUGGAUGCAGUUUGGCCUUUUGAAGAAUCCAGAGGCUGGGCCCAGAUCUCAGCCAAACGGCUGCAGUUGGCAGAGAGGAGUUAACAAGUGUUUGCAGAGGGAAUUGAGCAUAAAAUGUUUUUUUUUUAUUAAAGUGGAGGUUUCUCCGUGGACCUGCAGCUUUGUGAAUCGAUGCAGUGGGUUCCAGGCAGUUUGAACUGUCUCUCUUUACUCCCCUCCUUUCUUGUAGUGAAGAGAACAUUCUCAGAAACCGUAAGGGGAUCUCCUGCAGCACUUGGAGGCCACCAGCACUUGCUAUUUCGGGGCCAGGGCUGGGAGUUGCCAGUGCAGCAGCCUGGGGAAGUUGAUGUCGUGGGCACAGGGCUGUGCAGGGCACAGAGGGGUCAGGCACAGCCCCGAGCUGGGGCCCCGGGGAAGCUGCUGAGUUGUGUCAGUGCCUCUUGCACUCGAGGAGCUUCCUCCUGUGCCCACUUCCUCUGCCAGUGUGGCUGUGGGAGCUGCUGGAGGAGCAGUUCCAGUGCUGGUGCUGCUGUUGUGUCACGCUGGGGAGCCUGAGCAGCCUGACAGUUCCUUGUCUGUCCUGGAGAUCCAGGGAAACCCUUCUGUGAGGGAGUGCUGUGUUUGCUUUCCCUCCUUCUCACGCUCCCCCCAGUGCUGCCACCCAGCUCCUGUGGGUUUGGAGCCACUUUGUGUCUGCCCUGCUGUGUGAACUCAGUGCCAGUGUGUCCAAGGGGGACAUGUGACUCUUGCCACUGCCCAGGCUGUGCCAGAGCCCAGUCCAGCCAGCUCCAAAGCCUUAACUCUUGUCUUGCACAGUGUGUGUGCUCAGACUAGUGAUGCCCUGUCCCUUCAUGGCAGGCUGGUUGUUAAUGUUCCAUUAACUCCUGCCUGGCAGAGCUGCUCCAGGCCUGUCUUUGGGGUUUAUGUGCCAAGAGAGACCUUCCUCUGGGUGUUGUUCUGGGUGUUAGAGAUUAGAGAGGGCAAUCUUUGUGGCAUGUAUCACUGAUUUUUCUGCAUGUGUCCUUUCUGUGCACUGUUUUGUGUCUCAAGCUGAUUUAGGAAACUUUUAAGUCUUGGCUUUUCUUCCUUAGACAUGUAAGGAUUUGCUGAUUCCACGGAGUGCAGCCAUGCCUUGUGGCUGUGCUCUGCCAGCUCAGUCCAGGCACUGCACAGUGCAUUAUUCCUGGGGGUUUUUUUUCAGCCCAAGAUUGAUUGCUCUUCUUUCCCUUCACCUCCUUGCUCUUUAUCCUUAAAAAAAAUCAACUUCCUGACGCUCCUUUAAAAAAGAAAACCAACCCAAAUGUCUAGUGCCUUUCUCGAGGGAAUGCUGCACCCCCAGGCUGGACCCAGGAAAACCCAUCCCUGGGGGAAAACCAAGAGCUGGACGAGCUGCAAAGCCGCCUUUGAGCGUGAAAUUGCUUUGAAAGGGGUGAGAAGGAGGAGCAGGAGAGCUGGGCAGCCGUCACUUCAACCGUGCCACUGUGUUCUGUAGCAUUUCAGCUGGGGGUGGGUGACGUGCCCGGGCCGGUGCUGUGCCAGGACAGGAGGAUUCAGGGCAGGAAUCCCGAAUAUUUCCCUCUAAACCCCCCCGUGUGCAUGUCCUUCCCCCUGGGGAGCCCGAGCACAGCAUGCUGCUCCCUGCACUAGGCUGAGGACUUACUGUAGCUAAUCCUGAGGCAGGGUCAUUACUGUAAAGGGGGUUGGGUUGGGUUUUGUUCUGGUUUUUUUUUUUUUUUUUUUUUUUUUAAUUAUUUAAUUAUUAUUUUUAUUUUAUUUUUCAAUCG